AUGAGUAUAGGGAACGAUUGUGUAUAUCACAGAGAAGUAGGGCCACGUCUGCUCAAUCUAGUCAUCGACUCCAGCGAAGCGUAUACUCAUCUUCAUCUAUCCGAAAACGGUGGAAUAGACAACC